CGAAUAAUCCCGAGUUAUGAUCGGAUUCUGUCGGCUCGUUCUCAUUUGCAUAAUUUAUGCAAGUUAUCCCAAAAUGCAGCGCGACUUAAAUCAACAACAACAUUGAUGUCAACUGACAAAAAUCACAUGUUAACUACGCUAUGUCUUCGUCUUCUUCGAGCAACACAGAUGUUUCUAUUACUUCAGGAAUGUCACACUCACCAGAGUUGCCUCCGAGAGGUAGGGGGAGAGGAAAUAGGGGUGCACGAGGAGUUGGAGGACGAAGCCAAGGAGGAGCACGAGGUCGUGGCAGAGGUAGGGGAAGAGGAAGGGGAAGAGGAACCACUGUACAGGUUGAGUCUGAUGUCCCAGUAGGUGCAAGCAGACAAGAUCAGCAGCAGAUUUUGAUGGAUGAGAUUCGUGCGAUGACGAGGGAAGAAUUGGAGGAUCUUCUUCUGAAUACUGUGCAAAUAAAUCCAGGCCUCAUGUUUUUUGUUAUGAGGCCAGGUGUGGUACCAGAAGGGGGCUUUCACCCACCAGGAGGACAGCCGACACCGCCUUGGUGCAGCUGUCAAAAAUGUCGUGACAUGCCAACUGCAGUCGAGCGUGUAUGCUGUGGCAAAAGAAUUUGUGUCACUCAAACUCCACAAUUUGAUACAUUGGUGCUAGACGAGCGUGUUCUGUCGCUUGCUCGCAUGAUGCGAAGGGACAUACUUGUGUUCCCCGAUGAACAGCUUGGUGAAGGGGAAGACGAUUAUAAUGCUGCCAACCGCUACUACGCCUACACCAACUACACAUUGUGGAAGCAUGGACGUUUGGGUGCUGGUGUUAGAAUACCUCUGCCAGCCUGUGCUGUUUGGAGAAUCCGUGAUAAGUUUCCCCAUCCAUAUGGGCAGUACACGGGCUUUAAACCCUCAAGAGUUUAGAAAUUAGAAUAAUGUUUUAUGUAUACUAGUAACCUUGCUCUCAUGAUUAACAUUUUGGUAAUAUAUGCUUAAUGACUAUAAUAUUAUAUACAUGUAGUUUGAGUAAUUGUCUUUACUUUCUGCUCUUGCAAGAAAUGAUAAAAAAAGUUAAUUUAUAAGCUUGCAAUAUAUAUACAGUCAGCUAGAAUAAAAUAUGCCAGUAUUAGCAAUAAAUCACAUAUUUAGAACCACAAUGACUAUUCAUAAUAUGAGCCGUGUCAUGACAAAACCAACAUAAUGGGUUUGCGACCAGCAUGGAUCCAGACCAGCCUGCGCAUCCACGCAGUCUGAUCAGGAUCCAUGCUGUUUGCUUUCAAACCCUGUAACAAGUAGAGAAACUGAUAGCGAACAGCAUGGAUCCUGAUCAGGUUGCGCCGAUGCGCAGGCUGGUCUGGAUCCAUGCUGGUCGCAAAGCCACUGUGUUGGUUUUGUCGUGACGCGGCUCAUUAUUAUGUUGAUUCCUUUUCUACUCUGUGAUAUUGAUUUUGAUAUAAGAGAAACCAAAAGAUCAUUAAAGAACCAUUUAAUGGGUCCAGCUUACUUAUAAUGAAACAUACACAGGAUAGAGUGUUAAAUUAAAAGUCAUGAUAUACAUUCAAAUGCUUUCAUCUUCUGAUUAUACUGAUGUAAGUUUUAAUUAUAAAUCAAGAUAUACCUUUGUUAAAUAAUCUCUAUUCAAGAGACUUAUUACAUACGAUAUGCUCACAUGUCAUCAUAGACAUAUGGUGUCAUAUGUGACAUCAGUUAUCCUUAUGUCAGUCAAAAGGG